GAUUUCUCAGUAAGUUCUAGAGUGACUCAGAUCGUUCGCGCUGUAAACUUUGCGCAUAGUCACAUAGCAGCACCCACAGCUCAAUUGGUCCCGAAUGACCGGAUUUUACCUUGCUUUUACCCUAUAGACCACUAGGCCUGCGUCUAUCUGCCAUGUCUGCUGCCCUUCCAGAUCCGACCGCGGAUCUGCAUUGGUCUUCAUACAGAGGCGCAAUUCACGAGAUUUUUGCUGCAAACGCAAAGAAACACCCGGAACGACCCUGUGUCAUCGAAACCGCGACCUCCUCUACUCCGAGACGAGAAUUCACCUAUCGCCACAUCUUUGAGGCAUCAUGUCAGCUCGCGCACAAGCUCACUUCCUCGGGUGUGCAACGAGGGGAAGUCGUGAUGAUAUAUGCCCAUAGAUCAGUCCACCUAUGCGUAGCUAUACUCGGUACAUUGAUGUCUGGAGCUACGUUUUCGGUCCUCGAUCCGUUAUAUCCUCCAGAUAGACAGAUCAUAUAUUUGGAUGUCUCUCGACCUCGGGCACUAGUUAUCUUGGAGAAAGCGACAGAAGAGGCGGGACCGCUCACUGAGAAAGUGCGAGACUUCAUCGAUACCACCUUACAGUUGAGAGUCGAGGUUCCAGCGCUGAAGAUUGUAGAUGAUGGUACGCUUCUUGGGGGUAUGGUCGAUGGAAGAGAUUGUCUGGAAGAGCAAGCCUUGCUGAAGUCGGAUAUGCCUGGAGUGGUAGUAGGACCAGACUCCACUCCUACUUUGAGCUUUACCUCAGGCUCUGAAGGAAGACCAAAAGGUGUCAAAGGACGUCAUUUCUCGCUAGCAUACUACUUCGAUUGGAUGUCAGAGCAGUUCAAACUUACCGAAAACGAUGCCUUCACUAUGCUCUCUGGAAUCGCGCAUGACCCUAUUCAACGAGACAUUUUCACACCACUCUUUCUUGGAGCCAGACUACUGGUCCCGUCAAAAGACGACAUCCAGCAUGAGAGAUUAGCAGAGUGGAUGCGACGCGAGGGGGCCAAUGUCACUCAUCUAACUCCUGCCAUGGGUCAAAUUCUUGUCGGUGGUACAAUGACACAGUUCCCAACUCUACACCAUGCUUUUUUUGUCGGAGAUAUCCUAAUCAAGAGAGACUGCCGUCGCCUCCAGGAGCUCGCUCCAAAUGUAUGCAUUGUCAACAUGUACGGCACUACAGAGACACAGCGAGCUGUCAGCUACUUCGAGAUUCCAAGCGUGACUUCAGAACCCGCCUUCCUCGAAAGCAUUGGGGAUGUCAUCCCUGCUGGGCGUGGCAUGAAAGAUGUACAAAUGCUGAUCAUAGACCGAGAAGACAAGAAUAGACUGUGUGAUGUAGGCGAGACUGGUGAAAUCUAUGUACGUGCUGGUGGGUUGGCAGAGGGCUAUCUUGGGCUGGAUGAAGCCACAAAGGAGAAGUUUGUGCCAAAUUGGUUUGUCGAUCCUCAAAAAUGGAUAGAUGAGGACACGGAAAGAGUCCAACAGCAAGGCCACUCGGAGCCCUGGAGAGAGUUCUACAAGGGUCCCCGAGAUCGUAUGUAUCGAAGCGGAGAUCUUGGUAGACGAAAGGAGGAUGGUAAUGUCGAGUGCACUGGUCGUGUCGACAACCAGGUGAAAAUACGAGGGUUUCGUAUAGAGCUCGGUGAGAUUGACAAGCACCUAUCUUCGCAUCAACUCGUCCGAGAGAACGUCACUCUAUUACGAAGAGAUGCCAAUGAAGAACCGACACUUGUGUCGUACAUUGUGCCGGACAUGGGCAGAUGGAACACGUGGGUCGAGUCUAAGGAAAAUGAUCGAGGACUUACCGUCCCACAAACUGACGAAAGUAUGCUUGGAAUGCUUCAGCGAUUCUGGUCACUCACCCGUGAUGUACGAGAACACCUCAAGACGAAACUGCCUGACUAUGCAAUUCCAUCCGUGUUCGUUCCGCUGUAUCGCUUUCCACUCAAUCCAAAUGGAAAAAUCGACAAGCCUGCCUUACCCUACCCCGGUACUGAUGAUCUAGCAUCAGCUGCACCGAGAAGAAUCUCUAGACGCUUUUCACACACCAGCUCCUCACUCUCUGCAACUGAGAAAGAAGUAGCGAAACUGUGGGCCGAAAGCAUCCGAACAGUAAGAGCAGACUCAUUAGAACCAGACUCAAACUUUUGGGACCUUGGAGGCCAUUCAAUCAUUGCACAAAACCUUACGUCGACUGCCAGAAAGCGAUUUGAAGUAGAUGUUGGCAUGAGGACUAUCAUUCAACAUCCGACAUUACGCGAAUUCUCCAGAGAGAUAGAUCGCGCGAGAGACCCUACAGGCUUGCAGCUGUAUCCCAAUGAUGAACUUUCCAAAGUCAACUUCUUGGACGAGAAUUACUCUGCAGAUGCUGCAGAACUAGCCCAUAAGUUACCAAAAGUCUUUGGCUCUGUCUCGCUAGAUCCAUCUGCGGCAACAACCGUAUUCCUUACCGGUGCCACUGGUUUUCUGGGUGCUUACAUUCUUCUUGAUGUUCUACAGAGGCCAUCGACUUCGGUUAUAGCUCAUGUAAGAGCGAAAGAUCCAUCAUUAGGACUUGAGAGAAUCAAGAAGCAAUGUAGCGCCUAUGGCAUUUGGGAUGAUACUUGGCAAUCGCGUAUUAAAUGUGUUGUUGGAGACUUGUCCGAGCCUAACCUUGGUCUUGAAGAUCAAGUCUGGGAUUCUUUGUCCAAAGAGGUCGAUGUGAUAAUACACAAUGGCGCGCAAGUACACUGGAUUCAUCUGUACUCUACUCUCCGAAAAGCUAAUGUGCUGAGCACUUUGGCACUGGUACAACUUUGUGCCAUAGGCAAGCCGAAACAGUUUGGGUUCGUCAGCUCGACUAGCGUCUUGGAUACUGACUACUACGUAUCUCUCUCUGAGAGUGAUACUGCGUUUGGAGCAGCAGGUGUCAGCGAAUCGGACAACUUAUGGGGCAGCCGCAAAGGACUCACGACCGGGUACGGCCAGUCUAAAUGGGCAAGCGAGUUCAUUGUUCGUCAAGCAGGUAGACGAGGGCUUCGCGGCUGCAUUAUCCGUCCCGGUUAUGUAUCCGGUCAUCCCAUCAGUGGCACGACGAACACAGAUGACUUCCUGGUACGCUUCUUAAAGGGAUGUGUCCAGACCACGCUGUAUCCGGACAUUCAGAACACCAUAAACCAGACCCCUGUCGAUCACGUAGCACGUACUGUUGUCGCAGCUACACUGAACCCUCCUACUGUUCCAUUGGGUGUGGCGCAAGUAACUGCACAUCCCCGUCUGUCUAUCCAGGAGUUUGGUGCUUGUCUCGCGGUAUACGGUUACGACGUCAAGAAGACGGACUAUGACAACUGGAGAAAAGGCGUAGAGCGCUACGUUGAGACUACAGAAAUAGCGAACAGAGAAGAGCACGCUCUACUUCCCCUCUACGAAAUGGUCACUACAAACAUGCCGGAAGGCACAAAAGCCCCCGAACUAGACGAUAUCAACGCAUCUGCCGCCCUCCGCGCGGACGCUCAGUGGACUGGACAGGAUCUCUCCGCCGGCGCCGCUGUAACAGCAGAUACCGUAGGUGUCUACCUCGCGUACCUGGUAGCUAUCGGCUUCAUGAAGCCUCCUCCCGACGACAAAGGCCAGCCUCUCCCGCCCAUCACCAUAAACGACCAGCAACGCGCCGCGCUAGCCGGAAUCGGAGGCCGAGGCCGAAAAGUAUAGAGCGUUGUUCGUUCACAUAAAAGUUCGA